GACAAGCAUUCGAUACUCGAAUUAUUACAAAAAUGGCGCUCGCUGAAGUUUGCGGUCUAAAUUCGUUUGUUGAUUUUAAUAAUUCACGGGAAAAGAAUUAUUUUUCCCAAGAUAUCGAAACGUACAGCAAAAAUUUCAUUAACAAUGCACUGUUAGCUGCACCACCUUAUCUAGAUCCAGCAGAAAAGUUGGGCCAGUUUGCAGAAGGAUCUGAUGAGACAGGAAGACAUCUGAAAAUUAAAUUUGAUCAUGGAACUACUACAUUGGGUUUUCAGUACCAAGGUGGUAUUAUUCUUGCUGUUGACUCACGUGCAACAGGAGGUCAAUUUAUUGGUUCAUCCACCAUGAAGAAAAUAGUAGAAAUCAAUGAUUAUCUCCUUGGAACUUUAGCUGGUGGUGCAGCUGAUUGUGUCUAUUGGGACCGUGUUCUAGCUAAACAAUGUCGUACAUAUGAAUUAAGAAAUAGAGAGCGCAUUUCUAUUGCAGCAGCUAGUAAACUGCUGUCAAACAUGGUGUACAAUUACAAAGGAAUGGGAUUGAGUAUGGGUAUGAUGCUUGCUGGAUGGGACAAAAGAGGACCUGGUUUGUAUUAUGUUGAUUCAGAAGGUGCUCGUACCCCAGGAAAAGUUUUCAGUGUAGGAUCAGGAUCAAUUUAUGCAUUCGGUGCAUUAGAUUCUGGCUAUAGUUGGAACUUGUCUGAUGAAGAAGCAUAUGAACUUGGCAGAAGGUCUAUUUAUCAUGCCACGCAUAGAGAUGCUUACUCUGGUGGUAUUGUGAGAGUUUAUCACAUGAAAUCAACCGGUUGGGUGCACAUUUCUGAUGAGGAUUGUAAAGAUCUUCACUACAUGUACCAAGAACAAAAGGCAAAAGGAGCUAACUAAUAGCAUUUAUGAUUUAUUGUAUUCUAUUAAAUGUUUUCUUUAAUAAAAUUGAUUUCUAAUGACAAAA